AUGGCUUCUUCUGUGGACGGGGCUCAUUACUCCUAUUAUCUGUCUUUUGUUGCUGGAGGAGUUGUUUUUACCACUGGACUAAUGACGCAGUUAUUUAUUGUAGCUGUGAAUAUCCUUGAAAAGUUGAAAGGUAGAAAAGUUUCAAUAACGGAUAAAAUUAUCACCUGUCUUGGUGCUUUAAGGGCUGUGUAUCUGCUGGUCUGCCUCUCCAUCAUCUUUUGCCAGAAUGUGUUCGAGAGGGACCCCAUAACACUCCAUAUUUUACAAUUUCUUCAUAUGAAUUUAGGCUCCGCCAACAUCUGGUUAUCAACAUUUCUGGUCGUUGUCUUCUGCUUGAAGAUGUCCAGCUUCCAUUGUGACUCCUUUCUGCAUAUGAAGAUAGUUAUAUUUCGGAGGUGCAUCCAUGUGAUUUAUGUUUCUGCACUCAUAUCUGUCGGUUACACCUCAAUUGAUUUUUGGAUCCGAUGCAUUAAAAUGCCUUAUAAUUCAACGACACGAUUUGAACACAUUAUGCCAGAAAAAGGAAACCUAAAACAGCUGAAGAUUGCCCACAUCUGCCUGGUAAUGUUGUGGAACUUUGUAUUCAUCCUGCUGCAUUGCUUCUCGUCCAUCGCGCUCAUUACCUCGCUGUGUCUUCAUGUGAAGAAGAUGAAGAAGGUGGCCAUCUGCUUGGUCGCCCACUAUCGGGCUUUGAAGUUUACAGUGUUCUCCUUAGUCGGUUGCAUUGUCCAUAUUAACAUCACCCUUUGUAAACGCGGUGUCUUUGUGAAGUUGUUCAACAGAAGAGAAGAGCAGCACACGACUAUGGUAGAGACAAUAACAUCAUGA